ACAUGUAUAUAUGAUCAUACACACUCGCAUAUAUAUCCCUAUGUAUACCACAACAUAAAUACAACACCUCAACGAUAACAACAGUAACAAGAACACAAAUAUUUCUGCUCACACAUCAUGGUAUAUUAUCUACAAAUCUAUGUGAUCUAUAUUCUCGUCAUGACCAUCCCCACAGUGGUAUGUGAUGGCCUGUCAGUAAAAUAUCAUUCUGAUGAACAGCCGCAACGAAGUAACAGUCAAUCCCAUCCUAACAGUCCCCAUGAUAAUUAUUAUGCUGACAUCCCAUUCAAAGCCCCGGAGAUGACCGAAGAACAACGCCUGAUGACGUACCUCCUCAAGGGAUAUGAAAGAUCGGUCCGACCAGUUAAGAAUGCCUCCAAGGCAGUUGUUGUCAAAAUGGGCUUGACAUUUACACAGAUUUUCGAUAUGGAUGAGAAAAAUCAAGUUUUAGUGACCAAUGUGUGGCUAGACCAGGUAACUAUUGAUGUCAUUGCUGUUAAUUGUACAUUACUACACUGCCGUUGA